AAGAUGGUCUUAUUGGUUAUCACAUUGGUCUUUGAAAUCAGUAACCCGAGUUGAAGUCUCGGUAAGGGAUCUCAAACAUUGUUGAAACUUUUCCUUUUCCCCGGCAUAUGCGCGGGGGAGAGCAAGCGGAAUUCCAUCAAAAUCCCUAAUUUGCUACUCUUCUCACUAUGCCCCAAACGAAAACCCCAGAAUAAUUUUCCCCGGAGGCAUCGAAACACCUUUAUUUCUCUAUUUACCUCUUUCUUGCAUAAUUUCUCCUUUAAUUUUUCCCAUCCCAUCCCAACAUGGAACGACAAACACGGCAAAAAAUGGAGGAAACAGUGAAGGAUAUAUUGAGCAAAGCCGAUAUGGAAGAGAUGACCGAGUUCAAAGUCCGAGUCACUGCCUCCGAGCGACUUGGAAUCGACCUUUCUGAUUUGAGUCACAAAAAGUUUAUUAGAGAAUUGGUGGAGUCUUUUCUUCUCUCUACUGUCGAAGAAAAUGGGGAUGGAAAGGAACCGAAUUGUAAACCCGGUGAGAAGGGUAAAGAAAUUGUUACGGUUAAGAAAGAAAUCGAUGGGGACGGAAAUCGCCUUAUUUGCAAGCUUGCAGACAUGAUGAAUGUGGUUAUUCAUGAUUUUAGUGGAAAAAGUUAUGUAUCUGUUAGAGAGUUCUAUGUAAAAAAUGGAAAAGAGCUCCCAUCUGCAACAGGAGUUACCAUGUCAAUUGAAACCUGGACAGCUUUAAAGAAUAAUUUUCUUGCAAUUGAUGAAGCUAUCACUAAGAUGCAAUCAAAUUUAAGGAAAAAGCACGAUGGUCAACAGAAUGGAGAUAUGUCUAAUCCAGUUACUGCUAUUUCUCGUGAAUUUUCCCCUAUUGAAACCACUCGCUUUGAUGGAAAGAAUUACCAUUGCUGGGCAGAACAGAUGGAACUUUUCUUAAAGCAAUUGCAGAUUGCUUAUGUGCUUAAGGAUCCAUACCCUGGUCUUGAUCUUAGUCCUGAAGCGACCAGUGAAGAACCGGCUCAAGCCAAAGUUCCUGAAAAAAAGUGGAUGAAGGAUGAUUACCUUUGUCGCCACUGCAUUUUGAGCUCUUUAUCUGAUGACCUGUAUUAUCAAUUCUCAAAGAAAGCUAAGACCGCUAAAGAGCUGUGGGAAGAGCUAAAAUUGGUUUAUCUUUAUGAGGAAUUCGGAACAAAGAGAGCUCAAGUUAGAAACUACCUUGAGUUUCAGAUUGUCGAUGGAAAAUCAAUUGUUGAGCAAAUGCAAGAACUCAACAACAUAGCUGAUUCUAUUGUUGCAUCUGGUAUGAUGGUUGAUGAGAAUUUUCAUGUUAGCGCCAUCAUUUCCAAGCUUCCACCAUCCUGGAAGGAGUUUCGCAUUAAGCUGAUGUGUGAAGAACAUCUUCCUUUCUGGAUGUUGAUGGAACAAAUAAGAGUUGAGGAGUCAUUCCGUCACAGAGUCAAACAAGCAGAGCAUCCAAAGUCUGCAAGCUUUCAUCCAGCUAACAAUCUUGGCCCAAGGAUAAAAGAUCCAGGGGUGCCUUGGAAGAAGCGAGAAUCAGAAAUGCAUAGCAAGGUCUUAAUAUGUAGCUACUGUAGCAGGAUCGGGCAUAUUUCCAGGUUCUGCCGCGAUAGAAAAGGUGGAUAAAAUGUGAAUGGUAAGCAAAAUUGCGAUAAUUCAACAACGCCUGGUGUUGCAGAGGUAAGCAUGGUUGGUAGUAAUGUGUAGUUAAUUGAAACGGAUGCUGUUUUGGUAGCUGAGGUCUCCUAUUUAGUUGUAUUAGUUGACUAACGGUGUAUCGUUUUAGCUUCCAAGUUUGGAUUCCACACUGUUGCUUUCUUUCAUAUGUAUUAUUUAUUAUGUACAAGCGUCAACCAUUCUAUGCAGAUGGAACAUUUUGUAAAUGGUUUAAAUUUGGUAACACAUUGCAGAUUGAUGUUA